GAAUCGUUCCAUGACUUCACCAUCGAGAAGCGACGUAGUAUCCUCCAAUCCAGUAUCCACCACCGAGCAGCGAACGAGGCGAUAUCAUAAACAUAAAUUGGUCAAUCCAGGGCCCUACCAAUACAUCAUACAUGACUUCAAAUGCAUCUUGGUUCUUGGAUUUUGUAUUUUAAUAACAGCCGCGUCCGAGUGUCCGACCGUUUUAUACGCCGUGGCCUGUGUCGCCGAUUCCAGACUCGAAGAAGCACUUCGUUCACCAAUCCAGCGCUCUCGUGCACACCUACUCACUUGCCUAGGUCCCCGUAGUGUGCCAUAGCGGCAGCAGCCAGCAGCCAGCGAGAUGAACAAGAAGAGCGUGGUUCUGUACCCGGGCCUCGGCGUCGGCCACCUGACGCCGAUGAUCGAGCUGGCCAAGCUGUUCACCCAGCACGGCGUCGCCGUCACGGUCGCGCUCGUCGAGCCGCCCGCCAAGUCCCCUGACUUCUCCACGGCGGUCGCCCGCGCCGCGGCCUCCAAUCCGCGCGUCACCUUCCACGUCCUGCCGCCGCCUGACCCCGCCGAUUCCAGCUCGGAUGGUGGCACGCCGUCGCACCACGUCGACCAGAUGUUCAGCUACCUCAAGGCCAUGAACGCGCCGCUGCGCGACCUCCUCCGCUCGCUGCCGGCCGUCGACGCGCUCGUCGUCGACAUGUUCUGCCGCGACGCGCUCGGCGUCGCUGCCGAGCUCAACCUGCCCGUCUACUACUUCUACGCCUCGGGCGCCAGCGCGCUGGCCGUCUUCCUCAACCUGCCUCGCAUGACGACCACGGGUUUCCUGCAGGCCGCCGCCGGCGACUCCGUCCUCUCGUUGCCCGGCGCUCCUCCGUUCAGAGCUUCGGAACUGCCAGAACUGAUCCGGAACGGCAGCGCGACAGGAGAGACCAUCUUCCGCAUGCUCCACGCGAUCCCAGAGGCCAACGGGAUCCUCGUCAACACCUUCGAGUCGCUGGAGCCGCGGGCCGUGCGCGCUCUCAGGGACGGCCUGUGCGUCCCCGACCGUUCCACGCCGCCGGUGUACUGCAUCGGGCCGCUGGUUUCGGGAGGCGGCGGGGACAAGGAGGAGCACGAGUGCCUCCGGUGGCUGGACAUGCAGCCAGACCAGAGCGUCGUGUUCCUCUCCUUUGGGAGCCUGGGCAGGUUCCCCAAGAAGCAACUAGAGGAGAUGGCCAUUGGGCUCGAGAAGUCAGGGCAGAGGUUUCUAUGGGUAGUGCGGAGCCCCGCAAACAACGGUGAGGACGUGUUGGGGCAGCCACUCCCGGAGCCGGACCUGGAGGCCCUUCUUCCAGAGGGGUUCUUGGAGAGGACCAGGGACAGAGGGCUUGUGCUCAAGUCCUGGGCACCACAAGUGGAUGUGCUAGGGCAUAGAGCCACCGGCGCAUUUGUUACGCACUGUGGGUGGAACUCGACGCUGGAGGGCAUCAUGGCAGGGUUGCCACUGCUGUGCUGGCCACUGUAUGCGGAGCAGAGGAUGAACAAGGUGUUUAUUGUGGAAGAGAUGAAGCUCGGGGUGGAAAUGAAUGGCUACGAUGAAGGAAUGGUGAAGGCAGAGGAGGUGGAGACGAAGGUUAAGUGGGUGAUGGAGUCUCAAGGUGGGCGAGCACUCAGAGAUAGAAUGGUGGAGGUAAAAGAUAGAGCGGUCAAGGCACUCAAAGAAGGCGGCUCAUCUCAUGAUGCUUUUGUUGAAUUCUUGAAGUGAAGGAUAUCGAUAGCAUGGCUCAUCUUCAUCCCUAAGGGAGGCUCAUCUUAGGACACGACAUGUUCGAUUCCUCGAAUAAUUCAAGGUUCACAAAGACAUUAGGCAAUCUGUAAUAGCAUAAGUCAACCAGUAUCGCUUACAUGACAUGUACUGCAUUCUAUCUUAUAGGUCAUACAUCUGAGGUUCUUUUUAUUUCACAUAUUCUCUCUCAUGUGACCCACUAGUCGCUAGUUUUGUACGUGUACAAGAGAAACAUAGGAGAGGUUUUCCCUUCAUGCAUUAGAGAGCAUAAAAAGUUUCUCUUCUCUUCUCACUCUAGUAUAAAGGUUUCUA